AUGCGCACCGCACCGGAGGCGCUGGCCGGCGUGGCCCGCGCGUUGUUUCCGGACAGUGCGGGGCUGGACGACAUUCCCCUUUCCAAGUGCACGCGGGCGGUCGAGCUGCUCGCGUCGGAGCUGCUGUCUGCGUCUGCCAAGCUCACAGGCACGCACCAAUCCGUGGGCAGUUUGCUGCGGUCAAUCGAGGAGAAGAUGGCCGACGUAGCGGAAGUUUCGCCUUUCCUGCGCGAUUCCGGCGCGGAGCCGCCCGGGUGCGCCGACAGCAGGGCGCCGGAGGGCGCCGCGAGCCAGCGCGACGCCGAGGCGAACGCGAUGGACUUCUCGAGGUACAGGACGCGCAUGGUCGCGCUCGAGAUCGCAUACGUCGGCUGGGACUACCACGGCUACGCGUCCCAGGCAACCGUGCCGAACACGGUGGAAGGGCGCCUGUUCGAGGCGAUGUGCCGCACCAAGCUGAUUCCUCCCGGCCUGGAUCCGCACGCGUCGUUGAACUACUCCAGGUGCGGCCGGACCGACAUCGGCGUCAGCGCCGCGUCGCAGAUCGUCGCCAUUCGCCUGCGCUCGAAGGCCCCGGCCCUCCCAGCCCCCGACGCCACCAUGGCAGACCCAGCGCAGCCGCAUCCCACUGCGGGCGGACACCGGGGCGACCCGCCGCCACUGCCCCCCGCCGAAGAGAUCGACUACACCGCCGUGCUCAACCGCGCGCUGCCCGCGGACAUCCAGAUCCUCGGUUGGGCUGACGUACCUGCGGACUUUAGCGCGCGGUUCAAUUGCACCGCGCGCGAGUACCGCUACUACCUGCCGCCGCCGGCAGACGGCGCGUCGCGCGACCUCGCGGCGAUGCGCACCGCGGCGGCCGCGCUGCAGGGCGCGCACGACUUCCGCAACUUUUGCAAGAAGGACCCGAACGCGGCGUCGUACGAGCGGACGAUCAUGGCGUCGCGCGUCGAGGAGGCGCGGGACGCCGGCGCCGGGGCUGCGAUGUUCCACGUGCGUGGCUCCGCGUUCCUGUACCACCAGGUCCGGUGCAUGGUCGCCGUCCUGGGCCUCGUGGGUGCGCGGCUGGAAGAGCCAGAGGUUGUCAAGUCACUUUUGGAUAUCGAAUACAUAUCUGCGAAGCCACAGUACGCCAUGGCGCGCGAGGACCACCUCCUCCUGAGCGCCUGCGACUACGCCGCGGCCCCGACCGUCCCGGGCCAGGUGUCGGCAGGUUUCGAGCUCUCGUUCCACAGGAGUUCCAAGGAGCUUUCCGCGACGGCGGGGCGCUUCCGGGCCAUCGCGGAGGGUCUGGCGGGCCGGCUCAUGCUGCUGCGAGGCCUGGUGGAGAUCGUCGAGGCGCGCGCGGACGGCGUCGAGGACCCGGGGGGGGAGUCGGGGAAGAGGGGUGCGCAACACAUACCCCUGCUGUCACGUGCGCGGGAGCCGCCGGUCCGGAUCGCUCCGAAGGCGCCCGCGCACAGGUAG